AUGGAUGUUUUUUGGAAUGCACCUCCAGUGAUCAGGACCAUCACUGCGGCUGCAUUCGUCGAGUCUCUGCUCGUAUAUGGCGGUAUUCUCAGUCCAUUGAGAAUCUUUUUCCACCCUUCUUUGAUUUUCAAGGUCUUUCCGGACAUCUGGAGACCAGUCACCUCAUUUCUCCUGACGGACUCAGACCUGAACUUUAUCUUUGAUCUUUACUUUAUGUAUAAAUAUGGCAGUGGUCUGGAAAAGGACUCGCCACGCUUUACUGUCCCUGGCGACUUUUUCACUUAUGUUAUUUUUGUAGGCACAGUGAUUAUGUUGACCGCAGGUGGCCUCCUAGGCGCGGGGAUUUUCACUCAAGCCCUAAUACUCGCCUUCAUGUACACCCACGGCCAAGUCAACACUGGCAAAAAGGAAAACUUCUUUGUCGUCCAAAUCCCCGUCGAACUCGUUCCCUGGGCCACUCUGGUCCUCAGAUUGGUAAUUCGCGGCCCGCAAUCAGCACAGACAGCGGCAUGCGGCCUCGUAGCCGCCCAUCUGUACGAGUUCCUAACCCGCAUCUACCCCACCUAUGGCCGCGGUAGGCAGUUUAUAUGGACCCCUGUCUUUGUGAAGAGAUGGUUCGGGGCCCAUCGCAUGAACCAGACUCAUCGCGCCUACGGUGUCUCGUACCACCCUGGUGAUAGGGAGACGCGAGAGGCCUCAGCUUCCGGGUCGGGGAGUGGUUGGUUCUCGAGCAAUUCGUGGAGUGGGAGGGGUGUUGGGCGGAGGCUUGGAUGA